AUGGAGGAAGCUGCAAACGACACCACCUCUUCAGAGCCUCCAACCAAGAAACCACGCAACGCUUUCACAGAACUCAUGCAAAGAUCGCCACCCUCCAGUAUCAAGCCUCGGCCAUCCAAGCAGAUCAUGACCAAGUUUCCUCGCAAUAUGCAUGAUGUCCGUAAUCAUCUACUACCGUACAUUGAGCAUCCUGAGACUCAGGACCGAGUGAUCAGGUACAACGACGAUUGGGUCCUGAUCCGGGACCUUUAUCCCAAGUCUGUGGUGCACCUACUCCUACUUUGCCGAGAUCCUGCCAAGUACGUACAGCAUCCUCAUGCUGCUGUCUCGGACCCGGUCUUCCUAUCGAAGCUCCGAGCAGAAGCAGAGGAAUGCCUCAAACUAGCGGCUUCCGAGCUUUCGCGCAUCAUAUCACCACAUUCAGCCGCCUGCAAGGCACGACGCCAGGCAAUGGCUUCUGAGAGUCCUCCAGACGAUUUGCCGCCAGGCCGCGACUUCAUCAAAGACUUCCGCGUCGGCUUCCACGCACACCCAUCGAUGAACCACCUUCACCUUCAUAUCAUCUCCAACGAUUCAUUCAGCGAAUCCAUGAAGCAUCGCAAGAACUACACUGUCUUUCAUAGUGACGCGUUUCUGCAACUUGAUCAGCUUCCACUCCCAGAAGGCGACAUACGCAGAGAUGUCGAGUACCAGAAUAACCAGUACAAAGUCGAUUUUGUGUGCUGGAGGUGCGGGAGGGAUUUUGGCAACAAGUUCAAGCUGUUAAAGGAUCACCUCGAGGAGGAAUUCAUGGAGUGGCGCAAAGAAUGA